ACUUCGUGGUCAAUAAGUGGUGUGAGUUUUUUGGAUGGAGAUAAACAUCGACGAAAUAUGUCGGCACCACCAACGGCAUCGAUCAGGAAUCACAGUCCUCGAUCAGCUACGAAUUCGGAAUCCUCUUCAACCGAAGGAAUUUGGGAACCUCUUGCUUUCCGAACAAAUGUCACAUUCCUUAUUGGUUGUCCUCUGGCACUUCUUCUGGCUCAACGAAAAUUUUAUGGCUACGAAGCAGAGCCACUGGAAUGCAGUCAGCUGUACAAUUUGUACUACUCGUUAGAUCCGUGUGGUGCUCGUUUGGAGCCAGUACUGAAUCCUCAGCUCGCGAUGCUUCUACCAGUAAAUGUACCCCGUUAUCGCAACAGUUCUUCAGUUAAUGCACAAACUGACAGGCAAUUUAUUCGUUCAGAAAGUGUGCCACUAUCGAAUUUAUCGAAUGUCGCUUUUAUCCCUUCCGAAAUUGAUCUCGGUCCCGCAAUAUGGAAUAAGAAACGAACGAAAUACAAGGUAUAA